CUCUCAGAACUUCUCCAAAUCCUCUCUUUUCACAUCUCUGUCAAUUUUAAUCACCAAAAUCCUACAAAAUCUCUCAAUAUGGAAUUUGGUAUUGCAAAUGGUGCUUCAAGUCUUGAUCAGAUUAGACACCACUUAUUUGAUGAUUUCCUGUCACUAGAGAACAGCAUUUUUGAUGAUUUUAGUUCCAUUGAUCAUCAAAAUUUCUCAUUUCAUACUCAAAAUUUUCUCAACAAACCAAAAUCAGAACCCCAAGUCGCAAUCAACCAACAUCGAAACACACAAAACUUCAUCGAUCUUGAAUCGGAGUUUCAAGAAAUCAAACCCACUUCAUCUUCCUCCUCCUCCUCAUCAUCAUCAUCGUCAAGUAGUGGCAAAAAUAGUACUCUGUUUCAAACCAGGAAAAAGGAUACAACAAAAAAUCUGAAAAUUUCAUUACCACAAACCCAGAUUUCAAAAUCACAACUCAUUUCAAAUCCCAAUUUCAAAUUACAAAAACCUCAGCAAAAUCUGAAAGAAAAGAAGGAAAAACUAGGCGAAUGGAAACAUUACAGAGGAGUAAGAAGAAGGCCAUGGGGUAAAUUUGCAGCAGAAAUCAGAGACCCAAACAAGAAAGGAUCAAGGGUUUGGUUAGGUACAUACGAUACUGCAAUCGAAGCUGCUAGAGCUUAUGAUUGUGCUGCUUUUCAAUUGAGAGGAUCCAAAGCCAUUCUCAAUUUCCCACUUGAAGCUGGAAAAUUACAGUCUCAGAAACGUGAAGCAGAGAAUCCAAUUCAGCACACGUCAUGUGGGACCCAAGGACCAAUUGUUGAUGUUCUUCCCACCCAAGUGAAGAAUGAAUGUGGAAAAAGGACUAGAGAUGAAGAGGAAGCUCUUCAAGGGGUUAAAGUGAUGAAAGAGGAGAGAAUGGAAGGGGGAGUUGGUAAUUUUAAUUUUGGACCGUUAACACCGUCAAAUUGGAUGGGAUUCGAGCUUGGUAGUGGCGACGGUAAUGGAAUUUUUAAUUUUCCGUUGCUUUCUCCGUUAUCCCCACAUCCUUGUUUUGGUUAUUCUCAACUCAUGGUUUUGUAAACACGAUUUGUAGUUCUUAUAAGUUUUCUCAAGAAUCAGUUUGUUUUGUUCAUUCUAUGAUUGUACGGUGUAAAAUAAAAUGUGUAAUGUACCUAUCUCUACGAUUAUACACCAGAAUAUCGCUCGCUUUUUCCUA